CCAAGCGAUAUAAAUAGAAAAAUUUGAUUGAUGAUUGACACAGUACAAUCUCGGCACUCAAGAUGAGGGUUCUCCUUGGUGUCUGUCUGCUAGCAACAGCCGCUCUAUCCGCAGUCCUUAAAGAAGAUGACGCUAAAAAGGCAGCAACUAGUGCUGCCUUGGUGCAAGCGGCACCUAGCAACGAUUCCCCCCUAGUGGUAGCUGCCGCAUCUGAUCUUGUGUCAGCAGCAACAGGUCACGGAGGUCAUGGUCACAAACAUUCAGAACAUCACGAAGAGGGUGGAGGCAAGAAACACGAAGCCCACCAUCACGCAGAACACGGUGAAAAGGGUGAAAAAGGUUACAAAUCCGACCAUCAUCACGACAAAGGUCAUCACGGGCAUCACGGUAAGCAUCACGAGGCACACCAUCACGGUGAAAAGGGUGGACAUCACAAACAUCACCACGACGAAGGGGGUCAUCACGGCGAACACCACGAAGCCGGUAAGCACCAUAAGGAGGGUAAGUUCGGAGAGAAGAAGGGUCACAAAAAGGGACAGAAAACGAGCGGGUUCCACCAUAAGUCGCACAAAGACGAGUACCAUAAGGAGCAUAAGUUUUAUGAUGACUAUCAUAAAGGGGGUCAUCACAGUAAGCACGGGGAACACCACGGACACCAUGGAGGUAAAGAGGGACAUCACAAGAAGGGAGGCUCGCACAAGAGCGGACACCAAGCCGAGCAUCAUGGCAAAAAGGGCCAUUCGGAGAAGGGACAUCAUGACGAACACCAUAAGGGUCAUAAGGGACAUGGUGGACACGAGAGUCAUCACUCCCAUCACUCCGAUUAUGGAAAGAAGGGCGGACACGCUGGUGGAAAGGAGUAUGGCUACGCCCAUGGAAAGAAACAUUAAGGAAUUGACUUUUAGGACCAAAGAACUUAUUGUUGUAGGUUAUUUAUUGAUGGCUAUUGGUAAAGCCAAACUGUUUUUUUAGGUUAUUUGUUUUCGUUUGUUUGUUUGUGAUUUGUUUUUAAUUA